AUGGGUGCUCACAUCUUUGGAGCAGUAUCAUCACCUAGCAUCGCCAAUUACGCCUUGAGGGCAGCAGCUGACCAUGCAAAGGAUAAGUAUGGUCCAGAUGUAGAAUGCACCAUUAAGACUAAUUUUUAUGUGGAUGAUUAUUUAAAGUCUGUACCCUCAGAAGAGCAGGCAUUAAGACUUGUGAAAGACGUUACGGCAGCAUUGAAGGAAAGAGGUUUUUGGCUGACAAAGUUUGUGAGUAACAGCAAGCUGGUGUUGAAAUCAAUCCCGCAAGAGGACCAUUCAAAGGAUCUUCAAACUUGUGAUCUUGACUAUGAUGAACUUCAUGCAGAAAGAGCUCUUGGUCUUCAGUGGAAUAUUGAAAAUGACUACUUUACUUUCUCCGCAAGCUUGGACCCAAAACCACUUACAAGGAGAGGUAUUUUGUCAAUAGUAUGUCCCCUCUAUGAUCCUCUUGGUUUUGUGGCUCCUUUUCUUUUGCCAGCUAAGAGAGUUCUUCUCGAAGUUUGUCAGGAUAGCAGCUUGAGAUGGGAUGAUGUUAUUCCCGAAAAAUACCAGAAGCCCUGGAGAAGGUGGCUUGAUGAUUUACCAAUCCUGAGUAACUUAAAGAUUCCAAGAUGUGUCAAACCAAAGGAAUUUGGUACAGUGACUUCCACACAGCUGCACAUGUUUUCAGAUGCUAGUAAUGAAGGCUAUGAUGCUGCAGCAUACAUAAGUCUUUCCAAUAGAAGUGAGAGGAUUUCUACUGCUCUGCUGAUGGGAAAGUCUAGAGUGUGUCCUGUAAAGGCAACAACCAUACCCCAACUGGAAUUGACUGCUACAGUGGUGUCCAUAUAUCUAGCAAAACACAUUUUGAAAGAGCUGCAAAUUACAGUGGACCAGACAUUCUAUCACACAGAUUCUACAACAGUUCUUCACUAUAUUUUUAGUGAUAGAAAGAGGUUUCCUAUAUUUGUUGCAAAUAGAUUGAAAGUAAUUAAGGAUUUCUCUGAAAAUACACAGUGGAGAUAUGUUCAGAGUAAAGAGAAUCCUGCUGAUAUUGCAUCAAGAGGUUUCACAAGUCAGCAAAUGCUGAACAGUAACAUUUGGUUUGAUGGCCCACAUUUUCUUAGAGGACCAGAAGAGCUGUGGAAAAAUGACAUGUCUCAAGAUGAUGUUGAAUUGGAAGGAUCCACAAGUUGUGCAGUACAUCCAGAGGAUGAGGAGGGAAAUGCUGUUGAUAAGUUUCUUAAGUAUUAUUCUUCAUGGCAUCGGUUGAGGAAGGCUGUUGCAGUGUAUCACUGUCUUUUUUUCGUACUAAAAUCUAAGAGACAAACUAGACUUAAUGGUUCAAUUACAGCAGAUGAAUUAGAUGCUGCUGGAAAAGCAGUCAUCCGAUAUAUCCAGAAGAAAACUUUUAGUAAGGAAGUGGCACUCUUACAAAAAAGCAAAGGGUCAGGGGGCCGAGGACUUUGUAGUAGCAGUAGCACUUAUAAACUAGGUCCCUUCAUUGAUCCGCAAGACAGGCUUCUUCGCGUUAAUGGACGGCUCUCCAAAGCAGAAAUUUCAGCUGACAAGAAGCAUCCAAUGAUAUUACCUAGAAAGAGUCAUAUUACCACUUUGAUUAUUCGUUACACACAUGAAAAAUUAGCUCAUGCUGGACGCAACCAUGUGAGGGCAAAACUUAGAGAACUUUACUGGAUUAUCCAUACCAAUGCAAGUAUCCGUCAGGUUCUACAAAGAGGUGUAAUUUGCAGAAAAAUUACAAACCCCGUUCUUAUCCAGAAGAAGGCUGAUUUACCAUUGGAAAGAGUAAUUCCAGCUACUCCAUUCACAAACACAGGUGUUGACUUCUUUGGGCCACAGGAAGUCAAAGAAGGAAGGCAAAUCAGGAAUAGGUAUGGUGUAUUAUUUACUUGA